GUAUAGAGGCCCAUCUAGAGGCCCAUGUGUAGGAUCUAUAUAUCCCACCCUUCUAGGGUUUGGAACAAUACAAGCUAUUAUUCUCUCCUAUCCUCUCUCUUACAUACUUCAAUCUCUGGUUUCUGUGCCAUCAACACUAAGAUAUGCUGCUAAAAACUUUUGCCCCUCUUGUCACAAUAAUUUCUUAUCUUUUCCAUAGCGGUUUUGUGAAAGCAUGGGGUAAAGUACAUAGCAACCAUCAAUAUUUUGUUUUCUUUUGAUGUUGAUGUUUUCCUCAAAAGAUGGAUUCCUUUGAUGUUCUACAGGUAAAGUAGUUGUACAAAAUCAGUCAAAAUUUUCAUCAGGUGGUCCAGUAGAGCCCCUCCUUUAUUGAAUCCAAACUUGAUGAUGAUUGAUGUUGUAGUCAGGUAGUCCAGGCUUUCUUAGCAAAUUGUGUUUCAUUAGUAUAUAUGCAGUCAAGGCAACUAUUAUGGAUACCGCAAGGUAUACAUAUAUGCACGCCUAUUUGCAGGUCAGAUAUUGUUAUGGUACCAUGGCUGUGUCAUAAUGUGAUGUGUUCAUGAUUGCAGGCAAUUUAUGAACAAUUGCUUCUAAACUUCCUUUUACUAUGAUUUUAAGUACCUUCAGGUUCCCCAAACCUAUUAUUUCCUACUAGCUUAUGUUUCCAAUUCUUGUUUGUAUUCAUGAUUGCAGGUAAUUGAUUAACCGCUGCUUCUAAAACUUCCUUUUACUAGAAUUUUUAAGUACCUUCAGGUACCCAAACCUAUUUCCUACUAGCUUAUGUUUCCAAUUCUUAUUGCUUUGCAUAUUGUUCAAGAUUUCAGCAUAGUUUGUACCCUGAUGGUUUUUUGGUGGGGAUAUUGUUCAAGAUUUCAGCAUAGUUUAGGUGUCAAGAAGGAAACUUGAAUUGGGUGAUUUUUCUGAUGCAAAGUAGCUCAGGAGGCGCUGGCCGGUUUCUCUUGGUUCCUACCCACCCAAUCCUUUGCUCCCCUUCCAUGGAGGACGGCAAGAUGGGGAACGCCACCACCAUCCGCACGGUGCUCGCCAUCCUCCAGUGGUGGGGCUUCAACGUCACCGUCAUCAUCAUCAACAAGUGGAUCUUCCAGAAAUUGGAGUUCAAGUUUCCUCUGACUGUGUCAUGCGUCCACUUCAUAUGCUCUUCUAUUGGAGCAUAUAUCGCAAUCAAAGUGCUGAAAACAAAGCCGUUGAUCGAGGUUGCCUCGGAGGAUCGAUGGAGAAGGAUAUUCCCAAUGUCAUUUGUAUUCUGCAUAAACAUCGUGUUGGGGAAUGUCAGCCUGCGCUACAUUCCAGUCUCCUUCAUGCAGACAAUAAAAUCUUUCACUCCUGCAACAACAGUGAUUCUUCAGUGGUUGGUCUGGAGGAAAUAUUUCGAGUGGCACAUCUGGGCUUCUUUGAUCCCAAUAGUGGGAGGGAUUCUGCUGACUUCCAUAACUGAGCUGAGCUUCAACACGUUUGGCUUUUGUGCUGCCAUGGUGGGCUGCCUGGCCACAUCCACAAAGACCAUCCUGGCAGAGUCCCUGCUCCAUGGAUACAAGUUUGACAGCAUCAACACGGUGUACUACAUGGCACCAUUUGCGACGAUGAUCCUGUCAAUUCCAGCAAUCGUGCUUGAAGGCAGCGGCGUGGUGAGCUGGCUCUACACCUACGACUCUGUGGCCCCUGCGCUGGUGAUCAUCAUCACGUCGGGGGUGCUGGCCUUCUGCCUCAACUUCUCCAUCUUCUACGUGAUCCACUCGACGACGGCCGUGACCUUCAACGUGGCCGGCAACCUCAAGGUGGCGGUGGCGGUGCUGGUGUCGUGGAUGAUCUUCCGGAACCCCAUCUCGGCGAUGAAUGCCGUCGGCUGCGCCAUCACCCUUGUCGGCUGCACCUUCUACGGCUAUGUGAGGCACCUCAUCUCGCAGCAGGCCACCGCCGCGCCGGGCCCGCGCACGCCCAGAGGCCGCAUGGAGAUGCUGCCGCUCACCGGCGAGAAGCAAGGCGACAAGAUUUAGCAGCAGCUACCCCCAUCUUCUUCAUACUGUCGAUAUCAUUAGGAAAGAAUAAACCAGCAUAUAUACAUCUGAUUUAACAGCCUUUCAGCAUGGAUCAUCAGGAAAUUUUUGGCAUAUAGAAGAGAAGCGAAAUGGCACUAGUUUCAGUCGAGUUGGUGUAGAGCUUCGUAAAAGAAUUGCUGAUUUUUUUUGCUGCUCAUACUAGCAUCUUUGUCUGUCUUUGUUUAUGGUCUUGAUGACGAUGAUAUAUUUGGUAACCCAGAUUUUGUUGAUGUCAUUGUUGUUACAACUGU